CUACCGUCCCAAAACAAACGGUUUUUACAUUCCCAACUGCAGCAAGGCAUUCUUUUUUUUUUUUUUUUUUUUUUUAUCUCCAACCCAGGCGCCCGUCCGUCACGGUUAUACAACUUUCUUUUUGCCUUUCCAUACUAGACCUAGACCGGGGUUUGUUACGAAUUACGAUUGGCGAUUUUAAGCUACAACGUGAACAGAAACGAAGCUACCAAGAGAAGCAAGUCAAACUCCUUCCUUGGACCCCGGACUAAGAUCGCGACGGAGGUUGUUUCGCUCCAACCACCGCAAACUUGCUCAACCGACCACCCCGGUCACCCCCACAGCUAGUUGCGACCUGGACUGAAAGUCACCAUAAAAUAACCUCUGAUUCAUCCCACACCUAGAGGAUCUAGUUCCUACAGUUCUUGUUCAUUCCGACAACCCUACACCCGUUCCUUCUUAUCCCUCCAUCUACAAUCCUCAGCCCGUGCAAGUCGCGACGGCCAACAAUCCGGUUCACAAAUCUAGCUCAUUACUCAAAAAAGACAAGCCAAAAAACUCAUUAUAAUCAACAAAGAUGAUCUUCCCGAGGCACGGCGAUGAAAACCACGGCGGCGCCACCACGAGCGCUGCUACCAUGGACAGCAACAUGUCCGGCAUGAACAUGUCGGGUGACACCAGCGGGUCUAGCAGCGACUCCAGCAGCAGCAUGUCGAUGACGAUGAUGUCGGUCUUCCAGACCGACCGCGACACCCCCCUCUACUCGACUGCGUGGACCCCGAAAAACGCAGCAGGAUAUGCCGGCACCAUCAUCUUCAUUAUUCUCCUUGCCAUGACCUUCCGCGGACUGCUUGCCGUCAAGGCCAAGAUGGAGGCGCGCUGGCUCGAUGCCGAGCUCAACCGCCGCUACGUCGUCGUCAACGGAAAGCAGCCAAUGGCCGAGCGCGCCAGUCAAGACUCGCUUGCCAAGCAAAUGGUCCUUUCGGAGAAUGGGCGUGAGGAACAGGUCAUGGUUGUGGCUAAGAAGACGUCCAUUGCCAGACCGUGGAGGUUCUCUGUCGACCCCAUCCGUGCAGUCCUAGACACAGUCAUCGCUGGCGUUGGCUACCUCCUCAUGUUGGCUGUCAUGACAAUGAACGUCGGCUACUUCCUGGCUGUCCUCGCUGGCGUCUUCCUUGGCUCGCUGGCCGUCGGCCGCUUCGCCACCAGCUCAGAGCACUGAGUGGUCAGUGUCUUGCUGGUUCAGGACUCGAGAAGGAAAUGUUAAAAGGUCAAAAGAGGAAAUGAAUGACUAUCGAAGAUUUGAAGGAUAAUGAAGCGGGCGUUUUUGGUUUUGGAAUAUGGGUGGAUAUAGUGUCUCCGAUACCUAACAUUGUGGUCUUUUUUUCUGUUCUUGCUGUUUUUUUGUCCAACCCAAGGGGUCUUCCGCCACUCAUUUUUACACAGUCCUCGAAAACCCCGUUCACUCUUUACAGGAUACCAAAAUUUGGCUGGCACCCGGCCGCAGUGAGUGCUGUCUGUCUGCC